GGCAUUGAUUCAGAGAGAUGUUGCGCAAGCGCCAUAAUGGCUCAAAUUGCGCAAUUCGACCUCUAGCAGCAGUGUUUCAAGUAGCAACUAGUUAAUUGUUUAUGAUGAACACGAUAUUUACUCCACCAUUGUACAUACAACGAUACGAAUUUGUCAUUGACUUCGUCAAAAAGAACAAACCCAAAAAGGUGGUAGACUUGGGAUGCAAUGACUGCACUCUCCUUAGGAAGCUGAAGUUUCACAAAGAAAUUGAACUGCUUGCUGGACUGGACAUUGACUGUGCAGUUAUCAGGGAUAAAAUGUAUGAACUGGCACCAAUUCCAACUGACUACCUGCAGCCAGGUGAUCAUCCACUGACCAUUGAGCUAUACCAGGGUUCAGUCACAGAGAGGGAUCCCCGCACCAAAGGAUUUGAUCUGGUGACGAGUAUUGAGCUCAUUGAGCACCUACAGCUUGAGGAUGUGGAUAGGUUCACUGAGGUUGUAUUUGGCUACAUGGCCCCAGUAGCAGCGAUCAUUAGUACUCCAAACGCUGACUUCAACCCCCUGCUCCCCGGGCUGACAGGGUUUAGACACUACGACCACAAAUUUGAAUGGACUAAAGUAGAGUUUCAGACCUGGGCUCUGAAGGUGUGCAGAGAGUUUGGUUAUGUGGUGGCGUUUACAGGUGUAGGACAGAUACCGGCCCAAGAGGAGAGCAUCGGGUUCUGCUCUCAAAUCGGAGUGUUUCAGAUAGACAGGUCAGGAGGUGACGUACCACGUCUGCAAAAUAAUGUCGCAGAGGAGCAUCUUCCUUACAGAGUGCUAUACAACGUGGUGUACCCAAGCCUGUGUGACAGCAAUAUCUUCCAGAGGACCCUGGUGAAUGAGGUCCUGUACUGGGCUGAGACCCUGAAGAGAGAGUGGCUGGAGGAGAUACGUGGAGUGGGGGAGGAAGAAUCAGAACAGACAGAUGAAGAAGAGGGUUGUUCGAGAGAAGGAAUGGACAGAGAGGAGAGUCAGACAGGUGAAGAACAGGCGGACAGGGAGCGAGUGGAGGCGGGUGGUAGAGGGUUUGAGGUAGAGAAUGAGGAGGUGGGGGGAGAGGGUAAAACAGACAUGGGACAGGAGGAGCUCUACAGAGAAGGUCAGUCUGUGUGUGUCCCCUUGGUCAGGUUGUGCUCCUGCCCCAGAGUGCAAGCUCUGAGUGGGACAGUCCAGCGUCUCACAAAGUUCCUACUGGAGAACUCUAGAGUACAGCUAACCAACGAUGGCACUGCCGUGGUGUUGGUGGACAGCGAUGAUGAAGAUUUGGAGUGGGAUGAGAACUGUGAUAACACAGGGACAUGUUCAUUCUUGGUCAGUAGCAUGGAGAACGAGGACUGGGAGACCGAGCUUGGUCAGUAGCAUGGAGAACGAGGACUGGGAGACCGAGCUUGGUCAGUAGCAUGGAGAACGAGGACUGGGAGAUCGAGCUUGGUCAGUAGCAUGGAGAACAAGGACUGGGAGAUCGAGCUUGGGUGACCUUUGUCAUAUAAAGAGUGUAUUCGUUGAUGUACUAGUGGUGCGGUUUUUCUUUUAACCUGGCAAUAUACAGUUCUAGAACUAGGGGCCAUCAGAUAAGAUUCAACCAUAUCCUUAAAUGAGGAAGGAACAUGUUCCUAAUAAAAUGUCAUGAGAAUAUA